UGAGUCAAGCUUCUACUUCGUAUCAGGAGGAGUCUUUGGAAUCAAAGAUCAACAGAAUCAGCGAGAUGGUGGGAGAUAAUUUAAGGAUCAUGAACGAUCGUUUGUGUUUGAUUGAAAAAGACAGGAAACAGAUUAAAGAACGUGUGACAAACCUAGAGAAACUACAAAGAGUUACUUCAUAUGAAACUCCAAACAAUGAGGUAACUUUUUUUUCGGAAAUUAAAAUUAAUGUUUAUCUAGUUCUUGAUUCAGUUUUGAGUUGUCAAGUAAUUUUGGAAGAUGUUAUACAUAUUUAGGCUUGCCUUCCUAAUUUUUGUUGUACUUGCACAGACUGACACAACUCCAUUUCAUGAGACGGCUUCCAGACAAGGUGAAGCCAAUGCAGAUCAAGCAGAUGAACAACUUAACAAUGAGGCAAGUAUAAUUUUGAAAACUGUUGGUAUUUAUAAAAUUAUGAAUUUGGUACGUGUUCAUAAUCCCAUUCCUGACAUCAGGAUACACGAGAGCCUAUGAAUGAGAUCACGAAAGAGACACCUGGUUCUCCAAUAGCUCAACAGAAUAUUGAGACUCCAGUCCUUACUCCAAUUCAGACGCAGCAGGAGACUCACGAGCUUAUGAAUGAGAUCAUUUCACCAAACAUUUCCGACACACAGCCAAAUACCCGAGCUCGCAGAAAUCUUUUAACAGAGCAAAAUAAGGAUGUAGAAAGCAGAGUUCAAAAUCCCUUUGAGAUCGGAGCAAAUGUGGAGAUUUCAUCACAAGAUGACAAUACUUGUCAUAAAUGGUAUCCAGGAAAUGUGUUGGCAACAUAUUUGGUUGAUGGGGUUGAGAUGGUGAAAGUUGAGUACUUCGUCCCGUCUCUGGACGAAAAGAAGAGGAAAAGGAGUGUUGAGACACGUGUAUCAAUUGACAGAAUACGUCCUCAACCACCACCUGAGAGAUCUGGAGCGAAGAAAAGUUAUGAGCUAAUGCAGGACGUGGAGGCGUUCGACAAUGGUGCCUGGUGCGCUGGAAAAGUUAAAGUCAUUUUGUUUGAUGGCUCGUGUUUUGUCUCUUUGAACAAUUCUAAAGAACAAAUUUACUUCCACCAUUCUGAGAUUCGAAAACCAAGAAAAUGGAUGGAAGAAGAGCAGACGCAGAGUGUGAAUCCAAGUGAAGGAGAUGGGGAAGGGGAAGGCUGUCGCUUGUAA